UUUCCUAUUCUAGAGGGGCCGAACCAUGGUUUUGAAUAAAAAGAGGGGCGAAAUAAGAAUAUUCGACAUUCCACGAAAAAUUAAAUUGUUUUUUCAAGGUUUACCGCUCAAAUAAUUUGCGAUCUUUUGAAUAUUUUUGUAGGAAACUGAAUCCAUUGAAUUCCCCUGCAUUUACGAACCGAAAAUUUCCGCUUGUAGCUAUGGCAACUGAAGCCAGCUACGACAAUCCCGACGACUGGGAGCUCAUAAACGACAACGGCUUCGUCUUCAAGCGCAAGAAGCACCCCCGCCUCGAACCCACCGUCGCCGCCCCUCCGGCGUCGGAGCAGAACCACCGCCUCUUGCGGCGAAAGAGGGCCCUGCUGAAGUUGAGGGAGAGGUACUUGGAAGAGAUCAGCCGGUGGGAACUUUUGUCGAACACGAUGACGGCAAUGGAGCAGAACGCUUCUACGCAAUCGAUGGAGCGUCAUGAGCUGCAUCCCUCGACGUCUUCUGAUGGGGCUUCAAGCUCCAGCGAGCCUUCCGUGGCGGAUUCCAAUCGACGGAGGCUCGUCGAUGAUCUUCUCUCUCAGGUCAAUUUUGGGUAUUUGCAGGUUAAAGAGCAAGAGGCAAUAAUUGUGAAUGUAUCGAAUAUGUGUGAUAUAGCCGAAGUAUUGUGCAGCGCAAAAGAGGGAAUUGUAAGACAGCAGCUAAUAGACCUGCCGAUUUGGGAUCCUUCUCCACACGAGCUCAUGGCUGCAUUAGGUGAUGAUCAAAGUAGGCAUCUUUAGCAAUAUUUAAGUGGAAUAUUUUGAUUUUUUAUUCUGAUUGAAACAAAAAAGUCUAGCAAUUAGGGCAAACUGUACAAUGGCUUCGAUAUGCAACAUGUAUCUUAGCUUGAAUGGUAGUGCAAUGAGGUUAGUUUUGAAUCAGUUGAGUUGUAGAGUUACUUCUUAGCUGUAUAAACUAGGAUUCACAGUGUCAGGUUCGUUGAUCUUCGAGCAACAAGAAAGUAAAAUCAUUGAUGACAUUUCUGGUUUUUGGCUUUGCUUGAUGUCUAUCUUCAAGUAUUGGAGCUGGAAUGGGUGGUGUUGUGGUGGUCCGGUGGAGGAUUCGGGUGUUCAUACGAAGCUUCUGUGAUUUGUAUGCAGGUUUGUUUCUAGAUAUAGGUAGCUAGAUGUUAGAUUUUGUAAAAUGAAACUAGCAAGCAAUGAUCAAAUCAUCAUGUGAUUUUUCUGAGUAAUUUGUUGACCAUGUUAGGAUGUUGUAUGAUCAGGGAGUAUUACUGUUUCAA